UAAAAAACAAACAAAUGAAACAAGUUGUUCCCCAACUAUUGGUUUUCAUAUUUUUACCUAAAAUGUAAUUUUAAGUUUUAACAAAAUCCAUGGAUUAUAUCAGGAAGUAGUUAAACUUAAUAUUUUUCUAACUAUUAAAUUGAAAUGUGAAACAAAAUGUGUGAAAGAUCCAUUGCUUCUCGUCCAAGCCUAGAACAAGUAGUUGCCAUAGUUGAUUUUAUGGAAAAGCACAAAUCCCUAGCCCUCGGAAAGUUACGAGGUUUAGAAGGGCGAGACGAAAGUAAGAAGCUCUGGUUCAAACUAACAAGGAUUGUGAAUAAUAUAUCAGGACCUACACGACCUAUGAAAUCUUGGAUCAAAUACUGGGCGGACAAAAAGUCUACAGUUAGAUCAAAAGUAGUUUCUAGUGGCAGUGAUCCCAAUAUACUUUGUUCUAAUAUAGAAAAGAAAAUAUGGGAUUUAUUUUUAGCCUCUAAAGAAAAGAGUAGUAAUCGCAGCCGCAAUAAUUCAGUGAAGUUGGAGCCACAGUUCACAGAAGAGCCGUUCCUCAAUGAUGAUGAUAUGGAUGAAGAUCAUGACAAUGAGCCAGUUCUGAAUUUUGAAGAGCCAGCACUGGACUUCGAGGAACGCCAAAUGGUUGUUAUGGAGAAGCUGGUAAAAGUGAUGUCCGAGCAAGCAACAGCAAUGUCGCAGCUGGCGCAGGCGUCGCAGGUCAACGCUCAGGCCAUGGAGAGGUUGGCAGAUGCGUCACAAAUACAAGCUCGAGCAGUAGAGCGUCUGGCGACAACGUUCGAGUCAAUAGGAGCGGCGACCCACGACGUGCGAAACGCGCUGCUCGACAUAGACUCCACAUUGAAACGGUUCUACACCACGUCGCCCACUUAGCAUACAUACGUGUAUUUAUUGACAAAUUAAUGAACGAAUGAUUGAACGUCCUAUACGAAUUAAUGAAUGAGUAAUUGAACGUUAAAAACAAUUCACACUUCCCACUUCUGACACCAUGUGUUAUAUGAUUAUAUCGGAAGAUAUAAUAAUGACUUCAAUUUUGAUUAAAACGGCAUUUAGUUAUCGAGUUAUAUAUGCAGCUUUAGUAAGAAAAGUGUAAUGACUAUUAGCUAAUCGACACUACAUGAUAGUAACAAUUGUCACAUAGCCGUUGACAAUGACUUUGACGUUUGACGUUACUUAUAAAGACAGACUAAUACUCAUAUUAUCAGUAUAGUGGCGGUAUUUACCUACAGGCUAUGUAGGCUAGAGCCUAGGGCAGAUUUAGGGAAACACUUUCUGGUGCAGGGUCGCUAUUUCAACAGUUUGAUACCCAAAUGUCCAUCAGUUCUUCAAAGUAUGGUCUUGCCAAUGCCACUUAAGCUUUGCUACUCGUUGACCUAUGUGAUGUGAUUGAUCUUGGUUUGUCUGCGGAUCUCCUAAUUUCUGACUCGAUCAUGCAAUGUUACUCCGAGCAUAGAUGAGUGACUCUGAGCCUUCUUAUGAGGCCCAUAGUUAUUUUUUUCAAUUGCUUGAUGUUUAAAAACAAGUACCCAUGCUAUCUAAAAAACACUAGUAUGUAAAUGGCUAAAGUGCACAACCCAAUUGAUUGAUCUGUGUAAUUGUAAAUUGGUGUAAUAAAAGACUGUACAGUUCUCGUGAUAUUGUAUUCUCAUAUUUUGUACUCAAUAAUUUUAAAAUUAAUUAUAUCUAAAAUUUCAUUUUGUACAUUACUUACAAUAAUAAUAGUUUGACAUAAUUUCAUAAUAUUAAUUAAUUAUGUAAUGAUGACAAAAAUUUGCUUAAAUUUCGUAUACAUUAAGUAUAUUAAUAAUUUAUUACUGGUCAUUUAUGUUAACGUUGUAAAUAUGUAAAUUUUGUAAAUAAUGGACAUUUUUGUAUUAUGUACUAUGUACAUAUAAAUACAUUUCUAAAUAUU